AUGUUAAUUCUAUUGAUUUUCAGUGUAAUUAUUUUAUUAAUCUUAUAUAUUAAAAAUAAAUAUUUUACUCUGCGUGAUCAUAUACUUGGCUUAUCACCACAUUUUCUCUUUGGAAAUGUAAUUCAAUCAGGAUUUGUGUAUGGUCGAUCUCGAGCUCAAAUCUUUGAAGAAUACAAACAACGUUAUGGUGAUAUUUUUCAAUUUUUCUUUGGUCCUAUACGUUUGAUUGUCGUUAGUAAUACUACUGAUGUUCAACAUAUAUUUACUCAUCGAAAUAUUUAUGAACAAGGUUAUCUUUUUACCGAACAGUUUUCUGUUCUUUUUCCAAGUGGAUUCAUUACUCUCACAGGAUCGAAACACAAACGACAUGCAGCAAUCGCAAUGCCUUUAUUUCGUCGUGCUAGAAUCAUUGAUAAUUUUGAUUUGAUCGUCGAUUGUACUGAUAAACUUUUAUCUAAUUGGCGUAUUAGUUCAAGUCAACAUAUACAUUGUGAUAUUGUUGCACAAUGUCAAAAUCUUCUACUUCAAAUAUUUGGUUUAAUUAGUUUUGAUUACGAUUUGGAAGCACUUGAUCAAGACGAUCCAAGCAAGAAUGAGCUAACAAAGGCGCUACACGACUUCAUGAGUGCAUGUGAAUUGGUUUUAGUUGCACCACGUAUUUUAGGAGUUAUGUAUACAAAAUUAAGUCGUCGACAUCGACGAGCAAAAUCUAUUAUUACACGAUAUAUAUAUCAAAUGAUUGAUAAUGAAAUGACUGCAAGUGAAGAAUCUAGAGCACAACGAAAGAGGACAUGUUUAAUUGCUUCAUUAAUCGCUUCAUUGCAAGAAGAUGAAGAAAUGGAAGCAAAAAAAAGUGAGAAUGAGAAAAAAGGUCUCUCACGAGCAGAAGUAUUACAAGAAAUGUUAGCUUUUAUGAUUGCUGGUUUUGAAACAACAUCUACUGCUUUAGCUUGGUUUAUUCAUUUUAUGAGUAAAUAUCCACAUGUACAACAAAAGAUCAAAGAAGAAUUGAUAAAGACUGGUGGCGAACAAGAUUUAACAUUAAAUCGACUUGAUUCUUUAGUUUAUUUGGAUUGUGCUAUUAAUGAAUCACUUCGUUAUGCUCCACCUGCUGAUGGAACUAUGCGAACAUUAAUCGCUGAUGAUCGUCUUCCUGAAUGUGGUAUUCACUUACAUAAAGGUGACAAUAUAUUCAUUCCAUUUUAUAAUUUGGCACACGAUGAACGAUAUUGGUCAAUUGAUCCUAAACUCUUUUAUCCAGAAAGAUUUUUAAAUGAAGAUAAAAAUCAUCAUCUUUAUGCAUUGAUCCCGUUUGGUAGUGGACAUCGUCAGUGUAUUGGACAAGAUUUAGCUCGAUUCGAACUAAAAGUCAUUAUAGCAAGAAUGAUGCAACAGGUAACAUUUAUUGAUGGUGGACCAACAGUCAAUUCAGGUGGACAUAUAACAAGUAUGACUAUUCUACCGAAAAAUGUUGGUGUCGGUAUCGAGUUCGCCUAA